AUGUCUGCAAAUCCAUUGCUCACGCCAAUAUUUCCAGCAGGGAAAGAGCCGCUUCCACCAGGAGUGACAGAGGAAGAGCGUGAUGCAUACCUGCAAGGCAAGAAGUACCAGGAAUACAUGGCCAUGGGCGCGGAAUCAUGCGUUGCAAAAACAAUGCUUGCUGGCGGGAUGGGUUUCGGUAUCGGCGCGUUCUUCUCCCUCAUGAGCGCCUCGUUCGCGUACGAGGACCCACUCCUCCGCCAAACAACGGGGAAUCUGUCUCGGACGCAGAAGGCCUCGGAGAUCUUUAAGGAUAUGGGCAAGGGUAUGUGGCGGAGUGGGAAAGGGUUUGGGAAGGUUGGUGCGUUGUUCGCGGGCAUCGAAUGCGUGAUUGAGUCGUACCGCGCGAAAAAUGACAUUGUCAAUCCUGUCGUGGCGGGUUUCCUCGCGGGUGGUGUCCUAGCAAGGAAUGCAGGACCAAAAGCAGCAUUCGGAGGAGGCAUCGCGUUCGCAGCUUUCUCCGCAGCAAUAGAUCUGUUUAUGAAACACGAGUCAUCGGACGAAGACUGA